AUGUCACUUGCCGACUCACGAAUCUUACCCAACCUUUACGAUGGACUGGCAACCCCACCAAUCUUAUCUCCCCCUCCUACACCUACAUCUAAACCUCGCUAUCAUUACACACCAAAUAAUCAUGUGAGGAUCACCACUCUCUCACCUCGUCCCAACAACGUUUCUUCCUCUCCUAUCCGUUCGACCUCGACCUCUGCCAAAACCAUCUCACCAAUCUCACCAUCAAUUGUCUAUCCCAUGGCACCGCCUUCUACGCUUGUGGACAUUCCUCUCGGAUCAUUACAACCCGCUCAAUUACCCCCGCCGUGCAAAAUCGUACCUGCCAAUCGCAUGAAACUGAAACUAUACUCGAAAACCGAAGCAGACUCACUCACGAGAGAACGGAAGGGCAAGAUGCCCGCUCUGUCUCACCUGCUGAGCGUAGGUAAUGGGAGAGGUUUGAGUAUAGCGGCGGAUGAGAAAUAUAUUUAUGCCGGAUGUCAAAGUAAGGAUAAUGAGAUUACAGUAUUCUCGAGAGCGUCACUCCAGCCAAUGUACAGACUCAUGGGUCACGAAGGCAGUAUAUUGGCUUUGCUCUGCAUCGAAGAAAAGAAAUGGCUCGUGAGCGCCAGCAGUGCGGGCGAUGUUAGGAUCUGGUCGACGAGGACGCUAGAGUUGAUCUACAUCAUCCAUCCUUGCGAUGAUACCGCCGGAGAUAUCUAUUCGUUAGCUUGGGAUGAACGGGAGGGAGGAACGCUCUACUUCGGUUCACAAUCCGCUUCUAUCGAAUGGGUCAACUUCUCUGGACCAGGACCCAUUCGUCGAAGACGUGUCUCAGUUGCUGCGGCCAGUACAGUUGAAGUGGUUCCUUUAAGUCAAAACGGGGUCGAUCCAGCCCAAUCUCGUCCCGGUCCCUCUCAGCGGACAGGUCGAUACAAACCUCAUCAUUUCUUCAAUAAUCCACCUGAAGGAGGAUCAUGUUCGGGUAGCGGUACCAACACGCCUCGAUCACCUGUCAUCGCUUCGAAUACUCCCCCACCCUGUGGAGGAUCGGGCCGAAGGGAAUUUUUCACCUCUGCCGAUUUGGACAAGUUGAGUCUGAACGAGAGGGCCGAACAUCCCGCUACGGAGUUGGAGAUAGGUGCCGAGUCGCGUAUAGCCUUUGCCCACUAUGGCUAUACCUAUGCGCUCGAGCUUAUCUCCAGACCUAAUGGGAGGAAAUGGUUGGUCAGCGGGAGCGGAGAUUCCGACGUGAAGAUCUGGGAUUGCGAGUCCGGUGGGGGAGGUUUAAGUCUAGUAAAGACAUUUGAUAAUUUACCUGGAGGAGUAUUAUCAUUCGCUGUGAGAGAUUCGUUGCUCUAUGCUGGACUUCAAGCUGGAGAGAUAGUAGUAUGGGAUCUGGAGACGGGAGCGUGUAUACGAACGAUCGAAGCGCACGAUGCGGAUGUGCUUUCCAUGUCGGUAUUAGGUGGUGAUGUGUAUACUGCUGGUGCAGAUGGGAGGGUCCUCAGGGUCAAUGAGGAGUUCGACUGUACGGCUGUUUGGAAAGCCCAUGCGGGGACGGUCAUGAGUACUGUGGUGGUAAAAGGUACGAGACCCGGUGGAUGGGAAUUGAUAACCACAGGGAGUGAUUCGUUCGUCAAGAUAUGGAAUGUUGAUUUGUCAAAAGCUUCCACACACGAUAGUGAGGUUGAUGUGGAAGGUGAAGGUGAUGUUAUGCUUUACGCGUUAUCAAAAUUGGUGGCUGUACCCACAGUCUCGGACGAAGCUCACCGAGAGAGUUGUCGACAAGGUGCUCACUUGUUGAAGAAGAUAUUAUCUCAACUUGGAGCGACAUCCGAAGUGUUAUCCGGUGAACAAGGUAAAAACCCUUUGGUAUUCGCCACUUUCACCGGGCGAGAUAUCGGUAGGUCAAGAAAGAGAUUGUUGUUUUAUGGCCAUUAUGAUGUCCAACCUGCUGAUGAAGAGAAAUGGGAGACGAAUCCCUGGGAACUGUCAGGUCGUAAUGGAUACCUGUACGGAAGAGGGGUCACCGAUAACAAAGGUCCUAUACUGGCUGUCGCUUGUGCUGCUGCUUCGUUGAGACAACGCAGAGAGCUAGACGUGGACCUAGUGAUGAUCAUCGAAGGAGAGGAAGAAGCCGGAAGUAGGGGAUUCGCAUCUACCGUAAGAAAGCAUAAGUCCGACAUCGGUCAUAUCGACGCUGUCCUCCUAUCCAACUCCACGUGGAUCGAUGAAGCGGACCCAUGUGUGGUAUUCGGUAUGCGUGGUGUCGUCUAUGCCAAUCUCAGUGUUUCCAGCAAGACCGAAGACCUUCAUAAUGGUGUGGAUGGUGGAUCGACCACAGAACCGAUGUUCGAUAUGGUCAAAGUGUUAGGUGCUUUGUCGGACAAGGAUGGUGUGAAAGUUCCAGGGUUCUAUGAUACGGUCAGACCACCAACCGAAGAAGAACUGUCGCUUUUACGAGAUGUCUCUUCGGCUUCAGGUCGAUCUUUAGAAGAACUGAUCAAAGUCUGGAGACAACCUUCAUUCUCUAUUGCCAAUAUCGUCUCUUCAGGAUCGGGCAACAAGACAGUCAUUCCUAAAGAAGUAUCAGCCGAUAUCAGUAUGCGUAUUGUACCUGAUCAACAGCUCGAAGAUAUCGUUAGGGAUCUGAAAGAUUACUGUAAGAAGGUAUUCGAAGAGUUGGAUAGUCCACAUUCUUUCGAGAUCCAAGUAACUCACUCCGCUUCCUGGUGGUUAACAUCCCUCGACUCACCCUAUUUCAAAGCACUCGAAUCGUCCGUUCAGGACGUAUGGGGUGUGAAACCCCUCAAGAUCAGGGAAGGAGGUACGGUCCCCACUGUAUUCUGGUUGGAGAAGGAAUUCGGCGCUCCGUGUGUCCAUCUACCCCUUGGACAGAGUAGUGAUGCGGGUCAUUUGGCAAAUGAACGAAUGAGGUUGUUGAAUCUCAGAAACGGUAAAAGAGUCAUCGAAGCUUAUCUUGCCAGAUUAGCUGGUAUCUAA